GCUCACUAACAGGGAUGUAAAAAAAAUUGUGCACAAAAAUUGAGAGAAAUAAGCUUUUUGUGUAUGAAAAAAUUCUGGGAUCUUUUAUUUCAGUUUAUGAAACAUGGGACCAACACUUUACAUGUAGCAUUUAUAUUGUUGUUCAGUAUAUGAAACCAGACAUGAAUAAUUUAACUAGUGUGUCUGGCGUUAAAGAUUAUUCUAGAUUAUGAUAGAUUAUAGAUCCCUCAAAAUCAGAUAUGAGGGAUAGCUGCUCUUACAUAACUUUGGCUCAAAAUGGCAAUACCUGAAGCUCCUAAUUAGGAGGGUUGCUGUUAUACCUAAAGUGGCGAAGUGGGAAAGAAAAACUAUUCACAAAUAUAUCAUCUCUGCCAGCGAGCGGGGUAUUGUUUGUGGUUAGAGGGCACUAGCUUGGUUGGCACUGUUGGUUGGUGUGGGAGCUGGCGGGGGAGGGGGAUGGCGGUGCAGGCAACGCUUUACAAUUGCCUGGCAAGAUGUGCCAUGGGGCAUUGUCCCUCCCAUCGGUGGCAGAUCAAUCCUCACAUCCUGUGAACCCUGUGUGCAACUGCAGCACAGGAGAACACAGAACAGUCACUCUGUGUGCCGGACUGACUGACAGAGAGAGAUGUGCUUUUGGGACCGUUGCAAAGGACUCAAACUCCAUAGAGUAACCAUACCAAUUGGGAAACAUGAUUCGCAUCGAGAGGCAAAGAAAGUACCCCAUUCCAUUAAAAUUGUGAGGACAUGUUGCAGUAGAGACCAGUGAGCUGUGAGACCAUGGGGGACUGGAACCUGCUGGGCAGCAUCUUGGAGGAAGUACAUGUCCACUCCACCAUCGUAGGAAAGAUCUGGCUCACCAUCCUCCUCAUCUUCCGCAUGCUGGUGCUGGGAGUGGCGGCCGAGGACGUUUGGAACGAUGAGCAGAGCGAGUUCAUCUGCAACACGGACCAGCCGGGCUGCAAGACCGUCUGUUACGACCAGGCCUUCCCCAUCUCCCUCAUCCGCUUUUGGGUCCUGCAGGUCAUCUUCGUGUCCUCACCCUCCCUCGUCUACAUGGGCCACGCGCUCUACCGCCUGCGCGCCCUGGAGAAGGAGAGGCACCGGCGGAAGGUCCAGCUGAAGGCAGAGCUGGGGGAGAUGGAGGCGCUGGUGGAGGAGCACAAGCGCAUUGAGAAGGAGUUGAAGAGGCUGGAGGAGCAGAGGAAGGUGAAGAAGGCUCCACUGAGAGGGUCCCUGCUGCGGACGUACGUCAUCCAUAUCCUAACACGCUCCGUGGUGGAGGUGGGCUUCAUCAUGGGCCAGUAUAUCCUGUAUGGCAUCGGACUGGAGCCUUUGUAUAAAUGCGAGAGAAUGCCUUGCCCCAACAGUGUGGACUGUUACGUGUCCAGGCCCACGGAGAAAACAGUGUUCAUGGUGUUCAUGAUCGUCAUCGCCGGGGUGUCUCUCUUCCUGAACCUAAUGGAGAUUUCCCACCUGGGCAUCAGGAAAAUCAAACAGACUCUGAAGGGAGACAAGUACCCAGCAGACAAUGACAACUUGAUUUACAAGCUGAAGAAGAACGCGACGAUACAGCAUCUGUGUGUGAUGAGGAACCUGUCUCCUCACAACGGGCCGCUGACUCAGACCAUCUUCAAAGUAAUUCCUGAGAAGGACCUGGACCCAAUGGACCCACCUCCCCACUACAUACCUAACCAUGAGGUGCCCAGGUACAACAGCAUGGCUCCAGGCCAUUAUCUUGCCAACUGCACUGGCCUCCAGCCCCAUCAGCAAUACCAGCAGCAGCAGCAGCUUCAACAAUGUGAGCCCAGCCAGGGGAUGAUCCAGACCCUGCACCUCCAGGGAGCUACAGAGAAACAAACCACUGUCAUGGUGGACCAGCUCCCUCGAGCCAAUAGAGGAGCUGUCUUGAAUGGGGAUAGUGGGCCCAGGAACCUGCAGGGCCAGUCGAUCCAUGAGGACCCCAACUUACACCCCCAAGACCACUACCAGCCCAGCCACAUGGAAGUAGUGUCUAUGGCAACGCACAGACCCAGCAUCAUGACGACACACAGACCCAGCUUGGCUCUGAGGGACACAGACCUGGAGGAGGAGAGGAGGGACUCCAUGGGCAGCGACUUCAUCUUCCCCAACCCAGGAAGGAAGCAAAGCUUCAAAUCUCGUAUGCCCUCUGAGAGCAUGUCCACCAUCAGUGAUUACAGUAGCAACUCUCCACGGAGCUCAGAUUCCGAGCUGGGCGACAUGGUGGACAUGCCAAUGAUGCCACCCCCUGGAAGGAGAAUGUCAAUGAGUGUAUUCUUGGACAUCUCCUCUAUCAUGAAAAAGUGAAGAGGGACGAGAGCAAAAAUAGACCCAGGAGUUGCCUACGAGUGAAACAACACACAGGAGAUAAAUAGCACUGCACCCAUCAUUGAUUGGCUCUCCAGAUUAAAUUGGGCCAAAAACAGCCACCAACCCAUGCCAAGUCACAUGUGGUCAUAGGCAGUGCUGUUUCCCCAGUGUAUUUUAAAUUCAAAGCAUCUCAUUAAAAUGCCUACAAUCUCCAAAUGAGUGACAUUGUAUGUGGUUGAUUGUGGCAGAAAGGGAAAAUGAUUGUACACAUCAAGAGGAACGUGUGAAGUGUGAGCACUUAAAAUUGUUGUGAUAAAUGAAUGUUGGUGAGUAUGCAAACCAUGGAAAAUGUCAUCUUGUCCCUGGAAAAACUUUUAUAUGCUUAUAUAGAGCAUUCAAUUUUAUAAACCUAUUAUUUAGUUUGAACUUUUUUAAGUUAAACAUUCAACAAUAGAUUCUUAUGAGUGUGUAGUUGUUUGAUAUACAAUCUUAAUUCAUGACAUUAAAUGCUUAUUUACUAAAACUGAAAA